CUCUCUCUCCCUCUCUCUCUCUCUCUCUCCCUCUCUCUCCUUUCUCCGCUCUCCUUUCUCAAAAAAGCCAUGACGGCGAUCCCGCGAUCCAUCUUCGCCUCCGCGCCAUCUUUGUAUUAUUUCUAAUUUAUUUUUUUGGAUGUCAAAGGCGUUGGAUGAAGAUAUUUUUUUGCCCCUCCGGAGUCUCCUCUCUAACCCCGGCUCUCCCCGAUGUGAUCCGCGCUGAACGCCGCCGCCGCCGCCAGCCACCAUGUCUCGCCGCAAGCAAGGCAAACCCCAGCACUUAAGCAAACGGGAUUUUCGCGUAACCGAGCCCCUCUCCACGGCCGUCGUCUCGUCGGAGGAGCUGUCGGAGCGCUGCUCGGAGCAUUCGGAGGAGAGCGGCAGCCUAAAUGGGCACCACCCCGGCUCGGCCGUGGGCCGCCUGGCCCGGCUGGGUCACGACGGCCACCCGUCGCUGGAGCAGGACCUGCUGACCUGCGGGCAGUGCCAGGCCACCUUCCCCCUGGCGGACAUCCUGCUCUUCAUCGAGCACAAGCGGAAGCGAUGCCACGGGCCUCCCUGCCUGGCCGCCGCCGUGGGACGGGGCCUGGACAAGCCCCCCUCGCCCUCUCCCGGCCUGGCCCUCACCCCCUCGCCCGCCCUGGGUGCCCUGCGCAGCCGGAGGCCCGUGGAGGUGGGCGUCCAGGCCACGCUGGCCGACGAGGACGACGACAGGCUCUCGUCGCCGCGUGGGAUUUGCCCCAAGCAGGAGCACGUCCCAGGUAAGGAGGAGCCGACCACCUACACCUGCACCACCUGUAAGCAGUCGUACGGCAGUGCCUGGUUCCUGCUGCAGCACGCCCAGAAUACCCACGGCUUCCGAAUCUACCUAGAAAGCGAACACGGCAGCCCCCUCACCCCACGCAUGGGCCGGCCUUCCUCCCUGGGCGGUGGUGCCGACUGCCCCUCUCAGCCACCCCUUCACGGCCUCCAUCUGCCUCCCGAUGCAAGCCCCUUCAACCUCCUGCGCAUCCCCGGCUCGGGCUCAGGUGGGAGGGAUAGCGCCGUAGCAGGAGGUGGAGGAGGCCCCGGUGGCGGCGCUGGUGGGGGUCAUCAUCAGCGUUUCCCCCCAACGCCGCCCCUCUUCAGCCCCCCUUCGAGGAACCACCUGGACCCCCACCACCUGAGCCCCGAGGAGCUGGCGCUGGCAGCCCACCACCCGAGUGCCUUCGACAGGGUGCUGCGCCUCAACCCUCCCUUGGCCAUGGACCCCCCUCCGGCCAUGGACUUCUCGCGGCGGCUGAGGGAGCUGGCGGGCAACACCUCAGGGUCCACUCCCCCGCUGUCCCCCAGCCGGCCGAGCCCCAUGCAGCGGCUGCUCCAGCCAUUCCAGACGGGAGGAGGAGCAGGAGGUGCAGGGGGUACAGGAGGCAGCAAACCUCCGUACCUUUCCACCCCGCCCCCUCUCCCUGGCUCCAUCCAGUCGCCCUCGGGUUCCCAGACCACUCCCACCACUCCUCUCCCCUCCGCAGGGGUGCCAUCCUCCACCUCCACGCCCAUGAAAACAAAGUCUUGUGAGUUCUGUGGCAAGUCCUUCAAGUUCCAGAGUAAUCUCAUAGUACACCGGCGCAGCCACACAGGAGAGAAGCCGUAUAAGUGUCACCUGUGUGAUCAUGCCUGUACGCAGGCCAGCAAGCUCAAGCGCCACAUGAAGACACACAUGCACAAAUCGUCCUCGCCCAACACAGGAAAGUCAGAAGACGGGCUCUCAGCGGCCUCCUCUCCGGAGCCUGGCACCAGCGAGCCCAUCGGCAGUGCCAGCAACGCCCUCAAGUCAGUGGUGGCCAAGCUGAAGAGUGAGAACAAUCGCAUCCUGCGUGAGAAUGGGGAGGAAGAGGAGGAGGAAGAGGAGGAAGAAGAAGAAGAAGAGGAAGAGGAAGAAGAGGAGGAAGAGGAGGAGGAGGAGGUAGAGGAGGAGGAGGAGCCGAAUGGAGAGCGAGCAGGCAGGAGAAACAACAGCUACCACUUUGGCCUGAACCUCGAGGCGGCACGCCAUCAUGAAAACAACGGCAGCAUCGGAGGCCGUCUGGGAGGAGCGGUUGACGAGGGCUCGAUCCCUCGCUCGCUGCCCGAGGUGAUGCAGGGGAUGGGCCUGGCGGCGAGCAUGCAGCACUUCAGUGAAGCCCUCAAUGCGCACAAGCGGAAUGCCAUGGCCCAGGAGAACCACCUGCACCAUCAUCUCAACCGAGACCAUCACCACAACCGCGAAAUGUGUGAUGAGGACUCAGUGCUGGAAUCAGACCGCGGAGAGGAGGGCUGCGUCUCGACAGUCAAUGGCCGGGGAGCUUCCCCCAAUGAAGCUGCCUCUGUAGGCCUCUCUAAGAAACUGCUUCUGGGUAGCCCCAGUCCGCUCAGCCCCUUUUCCAAACGCAUCAAGCUGGAGAAGGAGUUUGACCUGCCCACGCCCACCAUCCCAAACACGGAGAACGUCUACUCCCAGUGGCUGGCCGGCUACGCUGCCUCCCGACAACUCAAGGACCCUUUUCUGAACUUUGGGGAUUCCAGACAAUCGCCCUUUGCCUCUUCGUCCGAGCACUCGUCAGAGAACGGCAGUCUGCGUUUCUCGACCCCUCCGGGGGAGCUGGACGGCGGGGUGUCGGGCCGCAGCGGUACAGGGAGCGGGGGCAGCACGCCUCACCUGGGGGGUCCCGGGCGGCCCAGCUCCAAGGACGGCCGGAGGAGCGAUACUUGCGAGUAUUGCGGCAAGGUGUUCAAGAACUGCAGCAACCUGACAGUGCAUCGGCGCAGCCACACGGGUGAAAGACCGUACAAGUGUGAGCUUUGCAACUAUGCUUGUGCCCAGAGCUCCAAACUUACACGCCACAUGAAGACCCACGGCCAGGUGGGCAAAGACGUGUACAAGUGUGAGAUUUGUCAGAUGCCCUUCAGUGUCUACAGCACCUUGGAGAAACACAUGAAAAAAUGGCACAGUGACCGUCCUUUGAGUACCGAAAUAAAGUCCGAGUAGUGGGCCGAACUAUGGGACCGUUUCCCCCUAGUUAUGUCCACCAUCAGUCCCCUGUUUAACCCCAGUCCCUUGUAGAUUUGCCCCAGCCCCAACACACCACUUUCACCAGUCUGGUGGAAGCUUAAGACCAUGUGCUCUGCACCAGCACACCCCGUUUCCAUUACCCAUUGAAUGCAUGAUCUGUAUCGGGGCAAUACUAUUGCAUUGACGCAAAACUUCGAGCCUUUCUCUUGUGCAAUAAUUUACAUGUUGUGUACUAUUUUCUUUUUUGAGUUUUCCUUUUCCAUUUUUAAAAAUUAGUCAGCAUGCAUAGUAUGUUUUUGCUAAUCAAAAAAAAGAAAAGAACUUGUCCCUGGUUGGUUAGUUGUUGAGUAAAUGUGUUGCUGUUUUCUCUUGUUCUGUUUUUUUCUUUUUAUUCUUCAAAAAGAGAAAAGACAAGAAAGAUACAUCCAUGCUGCAUACAUUCUGUAACACAUAUCAUGUACAGUUUUGUGUUGUAACAUGGAAAAUGAACAGUCUUUGACUUGACCCUCUUCUGACAACCCUGGAAAUGCACUUAACCUGAUCUUUCUAAAAGACGCCAUGUCCACGCAGGGUUAAAGAGACGAAAACAAAAGUCAUGAAUUGGCUUGAUUACUCAACCGAAAAGUGGUGACAGCAUUCAAAUUUCUUUCAAAAAGACGAGGAUGUGCUUAGAAAUUAAAUUUGUACUAUCAUUUGGUGAGACAAAAAAAAAAAAGAGUGCCUUUGAUAUCUCAAGACUGCAUUGGCCAUAAUCUUAUCCGCUGUAAGUUUGGGGUCACACUAGAUACUGCUAGAGGGUUUAAGCCACCCAGGAAAGGUCCUUGCAUCAAGCACCUGACUGCUCAAAUGGACUGUGACAAUUAACUGAUAAUGAAAGAUCAGAGAAUUCUAGUUAAUCAUCAUUUAGCUACCUAUUACAUGUUCUAUAGUAUCUUUAAUAUGUGGAUUUCAUGGCAAGCAUGGUACAAGCAGUAUUGUGUAUAUCUGAAUUAUCUGUAGUUUUGUUUCUGGUAAGGAGGUACUUUAAGAUAAAGGUACUCUGUAACGUACAAUCCUGAACUUGAGGGAUACAGCGCAUGGCUGAGAGGUGUCAUGUAUCUGCGUUAGCACAAACCUACGACGCUGCUUCGAUAUGUCAGUGUGUGGAACAAUGCAUAAAGUAAUAUAUGAGCUCCAAUCGAGGCUGACUUUAUUUGAGGGCAUUGAAAAUAACUACAAGCUAGACAGACAGAAAGCUACACAGAACUGGAAGCUACAACAUUAGUCAGGGGGGGAUCUGAGGCUUCACAUUUUCAAGCAUCAAAACAGGGUGAUUAACUACGAAUUGAAAGACAAGAAAGAGAGCAAGAAAGAAGGAAUCACCAAAAUGCAUCUGUCUCCAGGGCUCUUGAAAAGAGUGCGAAUGAGAUCGGUUUGACUUAACAGUAUGCAUAGGCUAAUGCAGGGCACAUUUUUUCUUUGUUUGCUAUUGCUUUUAAACCCAAAAGGAGACUUAUUUUUCCUCGCUGAGUUGCAGACAUUCACCCGAGUCGUCCGUAUUAUAGCACUUGUCACUCCGCCUGAGAUUACGUGCCGGCAUCUCUCUCACAUUCUCCCACGUCGAUGCAAUGUUGGUACCCGGGCCGAGUCUAAAAGCUCCGACUGUCAUUUAUGGGACAUGAAGUGCACUGUUUCAAUUUUCCCAGUUUACAGGUUUACGCUUAAGGGGAAAAAAAAACAAAACAAAACAAACAAACAAAAAAAAAAUAAUAAACGCUGUUGAAAUGCUGUCAGAUGACGAGGGCUCCAUUGUUAAAAGCAGUAAAAGAUUAGACACAUAAUCUGUUGCCAGCCACUCCAGCCUCUUGACCCUUGACCUCUGUACCCAUGCCCUUCCACCUUUGACCAUUUCUUGUGGCCCCUAGAAGCCCCGGCGCUUAGCCCUGGGUCAAAAAUUCGCCCCGCCAGCAAGGUCUAUAAAUUCACAGGUUCGCCAUUUGUCACGAUUUUCAGAGGUUAACGACGCACAGUAACGGUGUUUUCACUCGGUCCAACGUGCGGGUCGCCCCGGCGCCCCGGCAUCUGUAUUUUUGUCGUCCAGCAGCUUCGUUGUACUGUUGUUCUGUCAUCUGGACCUGAGCAAUCUACAGACCUUGGUGGCACGAUGAGAAACAUUCAAAACUUGUUGCUCACACUGCAAGAAAUCUGUUUUUUGUACAAAUCUUCCUUUAAGUAUAGAUAUGAAAAAUGACCGUUUUUUGCAAAUAACACUUCACUAUCUUUUAGGGGAAACUGUAUUUAAGUUUUGUUGUCGUUUCUCUUUUCCUCAACGUCUUGGUGGUGUUCAAGACUCGGAUCACAGUAUAUAUGAAAUGGUAAAAAAAAAAAAAAAAAAAAGAAAAGAAAAGAAAAAAAAGGAAAAAAAAAACCUGUGAUGUUUUUGUAUUUUAUUUUGCCUUGGCUCUUCACAGCUCUUCAGGUUGAAAUACAAUUUGCAUUGGGGAAAGGAUUAAGAUUAUAUAUGAAUAUAUAAUAAAGAACUUAAAAUAUAGGAAAAUGCACACUCAUGUCGAUUCCUAUGCUUAAACACAUUUAUGGUCUACUUUUUCUGUAUUUCUAGAAUUGUAUUUGAAUUCAAUGUUCACUUAGAGUAGGCACUAUAGUAUUUAUAUUGAGGCUCGUAUUUUUAACUGUUGCUUGUUCUCUCUAAAGGUAUUUACCAUACCUUUUUUGGUAGUGGAAAAAAAAUCCCAAGCUGCCACGGUAUAUUUUUUUAAUUUGGCAGGAUAAUAUAGUGCGAAUUAUUUGUAUGUUUAAAGAAAUAAAACGAAAAACCCAAUAAAAAAGCAGCUAAAGUAUGUGGCAUUGGGAGGCGUCGCGGGCCAUGAGAUGGCUGCCGCUCUGUUUGCUGUCCACAGAGGUGGUUGUACAUAUCUUCUUUGGUUUUGGUUUGGACCUCCUUCCCCCCUGCUGCCAUUCUUGUAUGCAGUAAUGCAAGCUGACGUCGGCCUGUUCUGUUGUGUGCUUCUGUCUCUCUCACCCCUCCCACCUGACUACAUUCCAACAUCUUACCGAGAAGAGAAAAAAAAAAAAAAAAAACUUACUUCAUAUGCAGUACAUGGAUUACGAAAAAGAAAAAAAGCGUCAAAAUAAAUGAAUUUAAAAAAACAAGACAAAAACAAAAAAAAUCAAUGUUUUGCAGUUUUUUUUUCAUUGCCAAAUACUAAAUGGUGCUUUAUAUUUAGAUUGGGUAUACUUUCAUAUGCAAAGCAUAUUUAAAAAUUACCCGGGGGACGUGGAGAAGCCUGCUUGAGUUGAGACUUUUUUGUAAAUGGCAAUGCGGAAUAUUUUGUUAUCAGCCUUUUCUAUUCCUGUUCUGAGAGCUGUUUGUUGUAACUUGAACUUGAACUUUAUCUUUUACUAUGGGAGUUGCUAUUUAUUAUUACCUAUAUGCUCUGUUCAAAACAGAGACAUGGAAUGGAUCCUUAUUUUUGGUUUCUUUUUUCUUUUCUUUUUUUUAUUUUUGGUUAUAAUAUGAUUUUUUUUCUUUUUUUCUUUCUUUUUUCUUUUUUUUUUUUUUUUUUAAAGGUGGCCGAAGGUCAUUGGACAAACCUAGCUCUUUUAUUUCUGUUGUAUUUGUUUGGGGUCUCUGUUCAGUUGUAUUGGGAAAACCACUGUCUGUGUUUUCUGGCAGAUGUCUGCAUAAUCCUGUUCACACACCCAUUUUGUCCCUUUAUCGAAAAAACAAUUAAUAAAAAAAAAAAUUAAAGUAUAA